AUGGGUGGUGUCUGCUGCUCACUGCUACAAGUCGUAAGUGACUGAUAAAACUUUCUUCAAAAAAAUGUACCAAAGCCAUCUACAGUACGUUUGACAUGAAACUGUAUUUGUCUAAGUACAUCUUAUUAACCCUCCCCUCUCGCUCUCCCCAGCCGCAUUCAGGUACGUCUGGGUGACCACACAACAUUGCCGUCAACGAGGGCACUGAGCAGUUCAUUGACUCAGUGAAGGUCAUCAUGCACCCCAGUUACAACAGCCACACUUUUGGUAUUCGUUGUUUAUCAAACUGAUGACAAAUGAUAUCAGUGACCACUCAGAACCAAAGGGAGAAUGUUUGAUAUACUAAUCAUCUUCUGCCUGUCUCUAGCCUUCUACCCCAACCAACUGUUCUGCCUGGAUCUCCCCAUCCUGAGCAGCAGCAGCUGCAACAGUGCCUAUCCUGGACAGAUCACCUCCAACAUGUUCUGCGCUGGCUUCAUGAAGGGAGGCAAGGACUCUUGCCAGGUAACCUGAGUUGAAUUAAUAGUGCACCUUUCCACUGUUGUCCUUAUCAUUUGAUUUGUUAAAAGCUCUCAUCUGUUGUGAUUAACCAGCUUCAACCAAUAUUGAAAGAUGCACCUCUAACCACCUUUCUCUUGUCCCUCUUCCUUACUCUCUCUAUCUCUUUCUUUCAGGGAGACUCCGGUGGCCCCACGGUGGGCAACGGGCAGCUGCAGGGUGCUGUGUCCUGGGGUUACGGCUGUGCCCAGAGGAACAAGCCUGGUGUCUACGUCAAGGUCUGCAACUACAACUUCUGGAUCAGCAGCACAAUGUCCUGCAACUAA